CACUGUACGGGAGGCACGACGGCGAAAGAUACAGCUAUGCUAUCGGCCGUUUAAGUUCACCGCCUUGCUUUCUCCUCUCUCUCUCUCUCACUCAGCCCCGAUCGCAAAAGUGUGAUCUGUUUUUUUCCCUAGGUUCCUCUCAUUCACAACCUUCGAGGGUUUUGCGAGUAGUAGUUCCGGCUCACGACUCCUACCACCGCUCGUGCAUUUGGCGCUUGCAAGCUCUCUCUCUCGAUUUCUCCAAGGUGGCGCUCUGUGGUUCGUUUCCUGCAGGGUUUAGGGGGCUUCUCGCAAAAGAUCUCGCAUUUUUCUUUUGGGAUCUGUGAUGUUGGAUCCAGGCAGUUCAAUGUGGCGAUUUAGGCUUCCUCGGUCUAUCGGAAUCCCAGUCCUCGUUGUCGCUGCAAUUACCCUAGUAGUUCUUUCUCAUUGGUUCAUAGGAGGAGGAUGGGCUGCUAACCAGAAACUUGAAGUUGCAGUUAGGCCUCUGUUGAAGGGGCCUUCAGAUCCUCCAGUUUUUGCAUAUUGGAUAUCCGGUACUGGUGGUGAUGCUCAGAAAAUUUUGAGGCUUUUGAAGGCAGUAUACCAUCCGAGGAACCAUUAUCUCCUUCACUUAGACUCAGGCUGUGAUGAUCUUGAGAGGAAAUACGUGGCACACUCCAUUGAAUCCGAGAGGCUAUUCGAAGCGUUUAGAAAUGUUGAUAUUGUUGGGAAGAGUUAUCCAGUGGAUCGAACUGGACCAUCAGCAGUUGCUGCAACACUUCAUGGAGCAGCAGUUCUGCUCAGGCUUGAUGCGGAUUGGGACUGGUUCAUAACAUUGAGUGCUGUGGACUAUCCUCUUGUGACUCAGGAUGAUCUUCUUCAUGUUUUCACCUCUUUGCCUAGGAAUUUGAAUUUCAUCGAUCACACAAGUGAUUUAGGUUGGAAAGAGUAUGAGAGGUUUGACAAAAUUAUUGUUGACCCCAAUCUUUUUAUGGAAAACAAUACACAACUUUUAAUCACUUCAGGAGAUCGCAAGACACCAAAUUCCUUCAAGUUAUUCACAGGUUCUCCGUGGGUGAUUCUUAGCAGACCUUUUGUGGAGCACUGUGUGCAUGGCUCAGACAACCUUCCUCGAAAAUUGCUUAUGUACUUUGCCAAUGUAGCCUACUCGACAGAAGCCUACUUCCAAACUGUGAUAUGCAACUCUCCAGAAUUCCGAAACACAACAGUCAACAAUGAUCUGAGGUACUUUGUUUGGGAUGAUCCACCGGGAUUGGAGCCCCUUUUUCUCAACAAAACACACCUGAAGGACAUGACGAGGAGCAGAGCAGCGUUUGCUAGGAAGUUCAUGGAAGAAGAUCCUGUUCUAAAGAAGGUGGAUAAGAAGAUGUUAAGGUACAAAUCAAGACAGCGAUGCUUUGGAAAAAGUGGAUAUAGAGCAGUGAAGAAUUUGGAAGGUGAUCCCUGUUUGAGCCAGGUCAAUGUCAACAUUGUUAGGCCCAGUAUCUCAGCGAUGCGGUUGAGAAGUUUGGUGACAGAGCUUAUCUCCUCAGACAGGUUGUAUUCAAACCAGUGCAAAAUCUGAUAUAGUGAUCUAUCUAUUAUUUCAAAGUCCAGCAAUUUUCUUAUCUCACUAAACAUGGAUGCUCAAUCAUUCAUUGGAACACAGUAGUUGGACAAUAUACAAUCCCAUACCUACUGUGUUUAGCAACAGCUGAGAUCGUUAUUGGAUCUAGCUUCAAUUCCAGGAAACAAUUGAAGCAAUAAAUGAUUAAUUUUUUCCAGCUUUUUGUUUACUUAUCACACAUGUGAAUUGAAGACUAUGUUUUAGCUGCAACAGACCUUAUGGAAGAAUGAAGUUACCUUAUCCUUCGCUGCAGCUAGAGGUCUUCCUAUGUUUACACAUCUUUUAUUUCUUUGAAGAAGUCAAGAUGGGUCUCAUUCUUUUCCCUUACUGCUAAUUAUUAGUCACCAAUCUUCGACCUCUCCUAAAAUAGAGAGAUAUUCAUUCAUAGUGUGUUUCAUAUUCUUUAGUGCACAAUAAUAUCAGGUUUGUUAUGUAAAGAGUGAUAAAUUCACAUGCCCCUUUGUGGUGGUUAUCUACUCGUCUGUGCUUCUUCUUUCUUGCUGGUGUAACUUGUAUCUCUCACUCUUGGCAUAUUAUAGUCCCUUAUGGUUUGAGUA